CAAAGCGUCACGUGACUCACUAAGCAACAAACCGUGGUCAUAUAAACAUUUCUGCGCUGAGUUGGUCUCUGAAAUUUUAAGCACCCAUAAGAAACGUUUCUAAGAUGCCUGCCAAGAAGGAGGCAAUUGUCCUUCAGACGGAAGUGACAAACCAAGAACAGUGGGAUGCUCUUAUGACCAUAGAAGGUUUAUGUGUUGUUGAUGUUUAUCAGCGAUGGUGUGGCCCCUGCACAGCCGUUGUCAGUCUUUUCAGACGCUUGAAGAAUGAAAUCGGCGAUGACUUGCUGAAGUUUGCAGUCGCAGAAGCAGACAACAUUGAGAACCUUGAGAAGUACCGUGGUCACUGCGAACCAUGCUUCCUAUUCUUUGGCACUGGUCAGUUAGUAGAUGUGGUCAGAGGGGCCAAUGGACCGGGUCUCCAGAAGUCCAUCACAACUCAGCUAGCUGCUGAGCAUCGAGUACUGGAAGAAGGUGCUGAGCGCAAAGUGAUUAAGGAUCCUGUUUUGGCAGCUGUGGAGGCUAAGGAGCAAGAAGCAGCUGAAGCUGAGGCAGCUGAGAAACGUAAACAAGAAGAAGAAGCCAAGAUAGGGGAAAUAAUCAGUGGGGAGGAGAAAUGCAUGGAUGUGUCUGUUAGGCCAGUCAGUGAGAAUACUCUACAGCAAAUGUUUACUGGUAUACAAGCACAGAGCAGUAGGUCUAGAACAGAGCCUGUACCCAAGGAAGUCACAGUUGUGCUAAUCAAACCAGAUGCAGUCAAAGAAGGCAAAGUUGAAGAAAUUAUCCAGAAAUUAAUGGAUAAUGGCCUGGAGGUUUUGGCUCAAGAAGAAAAGACGUUAAGAGAGGAAGAGGCAAGGGAAUUCUACAAGGAACAUGAAGAGGAGGAACACUUCGAUGCACUCGUGCAGUUCAUGUCAAGUGGACCAAGUCACAUCCUUGUAUUAACCAAAGGAGACACAGGUGAAGGGGUGGUACAUGAAGUACGUGCUCUCAUUGGACCAAAAGAUGUAGAGGUUGCCAAGGAGGAAGCACCAGACAGUCUACGAGCUUUGUAUGGAACAGACACAACAAUGAAUGCUUUGCAUGGAGCAGAUUCAGGAGAGCGUGCUGCAAGAGAAUUGUCAUUUUUCUUCCCCAACUUUGCCAUACCCAUCGUGCCUGGCACAGGACCACCUCCCCAAGUCCAGAAAACUUUGGCUCUUGUCAGACCAGAUGCCCUCAAGGAACAUAAAGAUGCCAUCAUUGAGAAGAUCAAGGCAGCGGGUUUUGAGGUCUGCCUUCAGAAAGAGAUCCAGCUGACUGAAGACCAGGCCAAAGAAUUCUACAAGCAACAGGAGGGACAGCCUCACUUUGAAGAGCUCAUUAACCACAUGACAUCGGGUCCUGUGUUAGCAUUGGGUCUUGCCAAGGAAGAAGCUAUUCAGCAUUGGAGGAACAUGUUAGGACCUAAAGAAGUAGAGGUGGCAAAGCAAGAAGCACCUGAUAGCUUGCGUGCCCAGUUCAGCCUCCCUGAUUCAUCCAUCAACUGUGUUCAUGGCAGUGAUUCAAUGGAGUCAGCACAGAAAGAACUCAAUUAUUUCUUCCCAACAGAGAACACGUUAGCCGUCAUCAAACCAGAUGCAUCAGUUGAACAUAAAGAUGCUAUCAUUGAGAAGAUUCAUGAAGCUGGUUUCAACAUUGCCUGUCAGAAGGAUGUGGAAUUGGAUAGGGAGUUAGCAGAGCAACUCUACAAGGAACAUGAAGGCAAAGAGUUCUUUGACAGUCUUAUGGAUCACAUGACAAGUGGCCCCUCAAUGAUUAUGGUGUUAUCGCGAGAGGAUGCUGUAGAAGGCUGGCGUACCAUUAUGGGUCCUACUGAUCCUGAAGUAGCUCGAGAACAAGCCCCAGACUCCCUGCGUGCACUGUUAGGGAAGGAUGUCUUACACAAUGCCAUCCAUGGCAGCUCCAAUAAAGACCAUGCCAAGGAGAAGAUACAAAAGCUCUUCCCUGAAGUUGGGAUUGAAGAGGAUGGCUCUAUCACAGACAUGGAUGGGGAAAUGGCUGAUAUUGUUGCUGAAAGUACAACCCAAGACCAACCGGAAAUGCAUACAGCGGUAACUAAUGAGCAAGAAGGAGUACAAGUUGCUGAUCAGGGUGAUGAAGAUGAGGAACAGGUACCAACUGAACCUGCAGCCACAGAGGAAGCUCAACAAGAAAGCCAAGAAUCCCAGGGUGGGGAAGAUGAGCAAGCCCCGGGGGGAGGGGAGGGUGAGCAAACUGAGGGAGGGGAAGCAGAUGGCCCUGAUGUUGAGGCUGAGAAAGGAGAGGGUGGGGAAAGGGAAGGGGAGGAGAGUGCAAAGGUUGAAGAGGGCGGUGAAGAAAAAGCUUCAUUGGAGGAGAGUAACGACGAACAAACAGCUGAUGAACAGGCAGAGAGAGAGGAAGCAGAACCAAAAGAGGAAAUCCAAGAAGAAACACCACCAGAUAGUGGUGAACAGACAGAGGUGACAGACCCCACAGCGGAUGAGGGUAGGGAACCCCAAACACAGGAGGAACCAGCAUCAAAACCUGUACCAGAGGAUGAACAGCAGCAAGAGGAAGAGCCUACAGCUAACCAGACAGUUGGUGAAACUACUGAGGAGGCUAAGCCUGAGGACCCAGCAGUGGAACAGGCCCCAGCAGCAGAGGACACACCUGCUACUGAGGAUGCACCUGCUACUGAGGACACACCUGCUACUGAGGACGCACCUGCUACUGAGGACGCACCUGCUACUGAAGACACACCUGCUGAAGAAAACAAGUCGACUACUGAGGACACACCCCCUGGAGAUGAUGCACCUGCUGCAGAAGACACACCUGCUGUAGAAGAGCAACAGGUGGCAGAUGACAAGCCAGCCGAGGAACCACCCGCUGAAGCUCAACAAACAGAGGAUGAAAAACCCAAUGAAGCAGCAGCAGCAGAGCAAGAGGCUACCCCAACAGAGGGAGAAGAGCAAAAAGAGGAACACCCUGCAGAAGGAGGGGAUGAACAGAAGGAAGAGCCUGCUGCAGAAGGAACAGAUGAAAAGAAAGAAGAGCAAGCACAGGCAUAAACUACUUAAAAAGUGGUGAAUUAGAAAAAUCGAUUUGGCACACUUCAGCCAGUGACCUGUUCUGUAAGCCCUUUCCCUGAAGACAAUCUUCCCCAAAAUCUCUCUUUUUGUGGUGUUUAAUUGAUUGAACCCUUCUUGACAGGAUGAAUGUGUCCAAGUUGUAAUACCCCAGGAUUUGUCUGGAUUCACCACUUGCGUUGAGUAGAUUCACAGAACUAUGCAGAUGUGACAUGAUAUGCAGAUGCAAGCACAUUACUAGCAUGUGUGAGGAGUAUUUCAGAUGGCAUAACAUUGGAAAUAUGUGGACACGUGCUACUUGUUCUAAAUAUUAGUAUGAUUCCAAGCAUGUAUGGGUGGGUAGGCCUUCACUCGAAUUCACUGUAUUAACGAAGCAAUGUAUAUUCUUGGGUAAGUUGAGACCAAGUUGUGGGGACAAACAUUUGUAGUUUACAGAUCUGUUUCAACAAUAUGUAAUGACCAAUGUCACCAGCAUGGGUGUACAAAGUGACGCACACAUGCUUGCCAUCUAAAAGUCUGUCAACAGUCAGGAGUAUAUUUUGGUCUGUACAGUUUAGAUUUCUUCCUGUUUGGAUUUCCUUGUCUUGAAUUUAUCAUUAAGAAAAUUAACUGGUCUUUCUGAUCAGUACAAUAAUGCAUGUUUUUAAACUUGGUAUAAAUUAUUGCUUUGACACUUGUUUUACUCGUUUCGCUUUUACUUGAGCUAAAAGUUGUAAAUAUUUUACCAAAAGUCAUUGCAACAAAAUAUACCUGAAUAUACACAUAUACACACAGUGAAAUGGGUGACCUGAUGUGUGGGCCUUUUUCUUUAUUUAGCACAGGAAAAGUUCAUUCCUUGUACAGGUAUGGAUGAAAUGCAAAAACAAUUUCAUCUUUCGUAAGAAUGAACAUAGUUUAUUAUUCCGUCCAGUCCUUAAACUGUGCCUAGUUUUGUUUGAAAUUUCGAAUUGUAAAAAUACAUAGAAUUCUGAUGAAUAAAUUGUUUUAGAAAAGUCUUAUGCAUCUUAUUUUGCAGUAUGUCAAUUUAGAAAUGCCAAUGAUAAAAUAUUACUGGCUUUCGAAAGGUUACCCACACAUUUCUGACAUUAACAAGAAGCUUGGUGUUUUAAUAUUCUCAAUCCCUGUUCCUGUAAUUUUGUAGUCAUCAAACGUGGAAAGGAAUAUCGCCUGGUUUGCAUAGCCUACUUGCUCAGCAAUUUACAUUUCACAUUCUCAAGGUGAUUGAAUAUAGGAAAGUUGAAAAUUUAACAAUGAUUUUUUUUCAUUCCACAGCUUAAACCAAAACUUUUCAUACAGAAUGUGAAAUGUGAUUUAGAAACCAAACACUAUAUGAACAAGCAUGAUUUCUCUUACAAGUCAAAGGUUAAGACCACCAAGAAUACUAUCACUAUGAAAAUGUAAACUGCAGGUCUAUAUAUUUGUGUUUCCCAAGAACCCUAUUCUGAAAUAUGUACUGACAGAAAGUUGAUUUCAAAGCAUUGGGGACUUUUAACAUAUGCAUUUUCCUCGACUACAACAAUAAAACUUGUUGAAUUCAGAGUGGAAUACACAUAGUAAAAAAUUACAGAAGAAAUUACAAAGAUCCGAGGUGUGUGCAUAAACGUCAUUCUCAUAAACAAACAGGAUGUUAACAUUUCUGCUGUUACUUCUGCCUGAGUGAUGAGAUGCCAGGUUUUUCAUAAUCAUUGGAAUAAACCUUUUGCAGGUUAAAUUUGAAGAAAACUUGA